AUGGCAAACUUCAGCGACUGCGGAAAGCAUUGCUCCGACCCCUACUGCAAGCAGCAGGACCUUCUCCCUUUCGAGUGCGAUGCGUGUGGCAAAGCUUACUGCUCGAAGCAUUUCAGCUAUGAAGCCCAUAACUGCCCCAAGGGACGCGUGGCCACCGAUCGUCGCGUCAUUGUGUGCCCAAUUUGCACUGCGGCAGUGCCACUGGCGCACGGCGAGGAUGAGAACCAAGUGUGGGAAAGACAUGCAACCAGUGGAAGCUGCGUUCCCAAGCAGGCAGCCAAGCCGAACCGGUGCCCUGUGAAGGGCUGCAAGGAGAAGCUCACUUUCUCAAACUCCUGCAACUGCGGCACCUGUGGACUGAAGGUGUGCUUGAAGCAUCGCUUCGAAGAUCAGCACGACUGCUGCCCGCGCCACCCCGAACGAGGCGGCAGCGGCUUGCUGCAGCAGGUCGCACGGCUUGUCAAAGCAUGUUUCUUUGACUGUAGGCAGGAAGCAGAAGGGACAGAGCUCUCGCCUGCGGCGACACUUGCAGUCAUCACGACCUUGCGGUCACUGUACAGAACACGCCGCUACAACAAAGACCCUGCGGUUCGCUGCACAGAGCAGGGCAACACCGAGUGCUGGGACGACGUGCCCCUUGGCCUCGCGCGCUCGCGAGUAUGGGAGUCUGCGGGUCGGGUUGAUGGGCUAGAGUCGCUGAUUGAGCUCUGGCCCCGCAUCUUGGCCAACUUCAACGCGCGCUUCCUGCUGUGCCCCGCGGCCGCCCUCCAGGCGCAGCUGCUCCAGCUCGAGGAGAGGGCCUUCCUCGAGAAGCCUGAGGUGGUCAUGGACCAACUGGUCAGCUAUUCGCAGAACCUUCAGCACGCCUUCAUGGAAGGGGGGGUCGAUCCGAAGGAUAUGGCGGCCUGGCCGUUGGAGGAGGGCCUGGAACGCCUGCGCGGCCACGCGCGCACGAAGGCCCGCCAGCGCCGCUUCAAGCGCUUUCCCGACGUGACGCUGGUGCUGAGCUACUGCCGGGAAGAUCUGCAGUGGAUGAACGCAUCUUUCAGUCGGAGAGUGAUGCCUUCUGUUGACGUGGUGGUCGUGGCGAAGUGCGUGGGCGUGGACGCGGCAAGCGCGGUCCCCUUCCGGGCCCUCUGGCGGUCGGUUGAGCAGCUGGAGGUCGAGGACUUACCGCUUCGCGCCGACGAGUGCUCCGCGUACCUAGGCUACUUAUCGGAGAACUACUACGACCUGCCCCGUCACAUGGUCUUUGUGCAUGCUGACAUGCCGGACCACAUCGGGGCCGGUCGGCCGAACAUCGUGGAUGACACGCUCCGAUCCUUGUCGCAUGGAGCACACGUGCCCUUUGCCCACCUGGGCAACAACCGCGUCACGAUGCGCUGGAACCCAGAUGUGAUGACUCCACUGUGGAAGGGCCUCUUUGGGAGCAGUAUCGCACCUGCAGCUGGCGAAGUGAGCACCUACUGCUGCUCGCACUUUGUGGUGUCUCGGGAUCGGGUGUUGCAGCGCCCGAGAAGCUUCUACCAGCGGGGGUGGAAGUUCCUGACAUCUCCCGAGAGCUACUUCUACCUGCCCGCCCCCUGGCUGGUGACGCGCCAGCAUCGCGCCGCUGAAAGCGACAUGCAGGGCAGGCUGGUCUGCCAGAAUAUGAUGUUCCUUUGGCACAUCAUCUUCGGUGAGCCUCUCGCGCAGCCGCAUCGCAUGUACGACCCGAGCCUGCCGCUGUUUCUGAAGACUCGUAAUAUUCGGACCGCGUAUAUGGACGAUGAGGGUGGCGGCGUGUGA